CGAAUCCGCUGCAUAGCGGCUGCCCUAUCCAGUAGGAACUACCGCGGAAGCACCCAAUCCAUGUAAAAUCCAUUGAAGGUUUAAAAAAGAGGAAAAAAAAAAAAAACCCAAAAGACUUACAGUUCGAAACAGAUAGACAGCACUCAGCAGAGCUUAUCUUUCUGUUAUUCAACUUCCUGUUUGGCGAUUUCUUUAAAUUAUCGUGGAAGUGAAUCGACGACCGAAGAAGAAAACCCUAAUUUUUAAAUCAACCGAUCGUGAUAUUGAAGACGGCUCAAUCCGAUUUUAUUUUCGAAGCACCUUCUUUAGAGGGAUUAUUGAGUUUGAUGAGAUUGUAGCAAUAUGGCAAGCUAUGCAGGGAAAGGAGACCCUUCUAAUGGGACUAUCUAUAUUAGUAAUUUACCUGAAGGGACCGAUGACAUUAUGUUGGCUGGAUAUUUUGGCACUAUUGGGUUGUUAAAGAAGGACAAGAGAACUGGUCGACCUAAGAUAUGGCUGUACCGUGACAAAAUGACGAAUGAGCCUAAGGGUGAUGCCACAGUUACUUAUGAGGAUCCUCAUGCCGCUCUAGCUGCUGUAGAGUGGUUUAACAACAAGGAUUUUCAUGGUAAUAUUAUUGGAGUAUUUAUAGCACAAUCUAAGAGCAAAGAUGACACUGUUUGUAACUCUGUGGAUGAUCCCAAUGAUUUUGGCGGGUUUGAGGAAAAUGCUAAGGAUUUGAAUGAGGGUGGGGGGAGAGGUAGAGGACAGGACGAUGCUUCAGGGAAAGCCUGGCAACAGGAUGGAGACUGGUUGUGUCCGAAUACAAGUUGUUCCAAUGUAAAUUUUGCAUUUCGUGGCGUGUGCAACCGUUGUGCAAGUGCCCGGCCUUCUGGUCCAUCUGGCGGUGGUGCUGGAGCUGGAGGUCAUGGGAGGGGACGCGGUGCCAAUGACAUUGGUGUCCCUGGCCGGUCAGUUGGUGCUCCUACCGGACUUUUUGGUCCAAAUGACUGGACCUGUCCAAUGUGUGGCAAUAUCAACUGGGCAAAGCGCUCAAAGUGCAAUGUUUGCAACACAAAUAAACCUGGUCACAACGAGGGUGGUGUGAGAGGAGGACGAGGUGGUGGUUACAAAGAACUUGAUGAAGAAGAAUUAGAGGAAACCAAGAGACGAAGAAAAGAAGCUGAAGAUGAUGGAGAGCUAUAUGACGAGUUUGGCAAUCUGAAGAAAAAAUUUCGGGCCAAAACUCAACAAGCUGAAGCUGGAAAGGUGCUUCCAGGUGCUGGACGUGCAGGAUGGGAGGUUGAGGAAAUCGGUGUCGGUGAUAAAGAGGGGAGAGAGAGAAGCAGAGAAAGAGGGAGGGAUCGGGAUGACAGGGAAAGCAGCAAGGCCAGAGAUCGUGAUGGUAGGGACAGGCGCCGUAGUCGUAGUAGGGAUCGGGAUCGGGAUCGAGAUUAUGAGUAUGGUCGAAAUAGAGAAUAUGGACGGGACAGGGACCGUGAUCGGUACCGAUACUGAGGAUAGAAGUAAAGGCUCUCAGCUUUCACCCUUGGUUGUUUUGGCCCUCUACGUCGAUGGGAAAGAUGCCAUCAGAUAUGAAUUUUGGUUACUGUCAUUUGAUAUGAAGUUUGGUUUUACUUGGUAUUUUUGUCUUAUCCGGAAUUUUAAAAUCCCUGCUCCGAUGUGACUUUAUUGAGUUAUUCCCCGUACUGCAACCAUCAAGAAACUAGGAACUGGGUCAUCUGUGCUCUUGUUGUUAGAUAGACUAGUUUGAAAUUGUUUUAAUGUCUUCCAAAGUUUAAAAUCUGGCUGGUGUUAGUAAAUGUAUUACGCCCCUUGCUUGGAUGGAUGGAUGGACCUGAAAGGUGGUGACAAUGAAGACUUUUGAUCGUGCAAAUCACGAGCUCAGCAUCAAUUACGAGUGAUGGCAUGUUAGCAAGAUCGAUCAUAUUUUUUCCAAUGGCUCGAAGUGUACUGGGUUUGGUUAUUGAAUGACAAUAUGAUUUUUUCUGUC